AUGCAUAUCGGUCACCAGAAAAGAUCGGCUAAAGAGGGAAGAAACCACCGAUUUGGAAAUUGCGAUAGCAGACCCUGUGGGUUUGAAGCGGCAUGUCGGCCAUUGGAAAAGGGUUCGUAUACGUGUAUAUGUCCACAAGACAUGAGUGACCCCACUGAUGACUUGAAAUGUCUCACUAGAAAGACCGUGCCAGUGGCCCCGAGACCAUUUGUGAACUUGAGCAUCAACAAAAACGGACAGAAAUCCUUAGAAACAGUGGUACAUCCGUUCACGACCACCAGUCAUCCAAUUAAGACCACAUUAAACCAAACGACUUCAUUUCCCCCAGUGAAACAGAACAUGGACGUCAACAUAUUGGGUUAUAUUUUGCGCAUAAACGUGUUCAUGCUAUUGGCGGUGGGAAUAACAGCAUUCGUGUCGGUUUUAUUGAUACUAACCAUAUGGUGGAGUCGUUCGUCCAAAGGCUGUUGCAAGUCAAAGGCAGCCAAAAACAUUUCACCUGUGGUGUCACUGAUAAGAGGAGUGAUCCAGGAAGACAGUUUCACGAUGAACCCACAAUACGCUGCACCGUCGCCCGUCGCCAAAGACACUAUUUUGAUACCUUAUCUGAGUAAAAGUUGUAUAUCGUCAAUGGAGGAAAUCGGGCAAGGAUUUUUCGGAAAAGUUUACAAAGGUAUCCUUCAACAGACCGAAGGCAAAUAUGAAACAGUGGCCAUAAAAGUUUUAAAGGAUCACACUAACUUGGAGGCUAAAGAAGACUUUAUGAGGGAAGUAGAGAUAAUGACGUAUUUCAGACAUCCGAAUAUCUUGACAUUGAUCGGAGUUUGCCCCCAAGAUGAUAAUUGUUCACCGUGGAUGAUAUUCGAGUUCAUGGCAUAUGGAGAUUUAACCGAAGUUCUGAGAAACAGCAGUGAUCAGUUUACAAAUUAUUCUGCACAUUUGCCGAGUUUGGAUAUAGAAGCGUUGUUGGUGAUAUCAUUACAAAUAUCGUCGGGCAUGAAGUAUUUGGCGAGUCAGCGGUUCGUCCACAGAGACUUGGCUUGUAGGAAUUGUCUAGUCGGCAACAACUUGACCGUGAAAAUCGCUGAUUUUGGAAUGAGCCGAGACAUUUACACCUGUGACUAUUACAAAGUCGGAGGAUCCCGAUUGCUUCCCGUAAGGUGGAUGUCACCAGAGAGCGUAGUAUAUGGGAAAUUUACUCUCGAAUCUGACGUGUGGUCAUUCGGUGUCGUGUUGUGGGAAAUUUAUUCACUGGGAAAACAACCGUAUUACGGUUAUUCGAAUGAUGAGGUUUUAAAGUUGAUUCACGAUGGCGUGUUAUUGGACAUACCGAUGAACUGCCCUCCUGUUAUAUGCGUGUUGAUGAACGGAUGUUGGAAAAGUGACCCCAAGGAGCGUUUGCGGUUUAUUGACAUAUACGAACGUUUGAAAAAUGUCACCAAACGACCAGAAUUGGAUAGUCCGUUGCCCAGGCCACCCACCUUGCCGGUGAUCGUUGAUCAUCUGAGCUUGAGAAAAAUGCCAUCGGAAGAACUUUUGGACGUCGAUGAUUACCUGCGGCCCGACGAACAGCGUGUCACUGUAGAGUACAUAUUGCCAUAUCCUGCAUCAUAA